AUGCCUACCUUGGUGAGCCCGGCACUUGCGGGAGCCGUUCGCUUGGCCGCGAGGAAGACUUUGCCUUCUCUAGACUGGGAUACUCUGGCUACGUUACCUCCCGCCCAAUGUGCUUCGAGGAUCUUGGGUAUUACUUCUAACUGUGCUGGGUACAGUGCUUUGUUCUUCUCAAACCGAGCUGGGUCCCCAGUAGGGCAUAGCUUAACCGCUUUGUGUGUUGACUGGGAGAUUUUACCUCAUCGUGACGCCAUCCGUCAGGACAGUGAUUCCUUGGGAGCAGCCGUCAGGGCUAGCGGGAAGAAUCUGUCCGACAUUGCGAAGCGUUGGACGUUUGAGGGAGUAGAUCAGAAACUGACUGCUGCUCUGGCUCAGUCAUGUGGGUGUACGGCUCCUCUGAAACUGUGGGCCUAUGUGAAUCUUUGGCCAAGGGAUUUGGCGGAGAAGAUCAAGAGCGAACUCCUCAAGGAAGUUUUCACUGAGGAAGGCACAAUAGAUCGUUCUUGCGAGCUUCUAGCAUGGACUCAUCUUACUCAGUCGGGAAAAGGGCUCUCUGCCGAGGAGAGGGAGGCUAUAGAAACCCAUUAUCCUCGCUGGAUGGCAGCUUGUUCCCGG